CGCGAUCUCUACUGCAGCCACACUCGCGCGUUGGUCAAUUUGCGCUUGGACUGUCGUGACCUAAGAUCUACUCUCAGCGGUAGGAGAAACGGCUUCGUCUUCUACAUCAUCUCGUACUCUCCCUAUGCAGCGUACAUGUACCCCAUCUCUACGCUGUUGAAUAAACGCUGUAAAUCUCUCCCGUCAUUCCAUCAGCGACUAGCCUGUAUCGUGCGGUUGGGCGGCAUUCGACCUCGAAGGUUUGCAAUCAUGGCUGCAACGAAGCGCAAGCUCGCGGCCGUCAACGUAAACCAGACAAAUGGCGACGGACAUGCGGCAAAGCGGCGGGCAGCGUCUCGCCUGGAGUCUACUCAGGCGUUCACAGUCAAUCCCAACCUCAAUAGCGAUGUACUCGACGCGCCCAACGCAACACGAGCAUCGCCUGAUGGGGAGAUCAACCCAGACCUUGUCCCUCAGGCUGAGACCCACCGUGCAGGAUCAGAAAGCCCGUUGAGUGAUGCACCAGCGAUUGACGAGCCGCCUAAGAAGAAGGGACGGUCGAAGAAGAUUGCCAACGCGGCGAAAGACGUCCACGAAGCCGAGGCUGUCGUAAGCGCUGUCGUGGAUGCUGCAGAGUCCAAGACUGCUCUACCCAAGCAAGGACGCGGCAAGAAGGUCAAGCAGGAGGAUGAUGAUGUGGAACUGGCCGACAUACCAGCAAAACCUGCGGCAACGAAGAAGGCAAAGAAAAGCGAAGAGCAAGACCUCGCUGAGCGUGAUCCGGAAGCCGAAGGCGACGAAGAGGCACCGGAUGAGGAAGAGGUCAAAGAGGCCUUGAGUCGGCCGCCACCCGUCAACAGCGACUAUUUACCGUUACCUUGGAAAGGCCGGCUCGGAUACGCAUGUCUAAACACGUACCUUCGGAACUCCAAUCCGCCUGUGUUCAGCUCUCGUACAUGUCGCAUACAAUCGAUCCUUGAGCAUCGCCACCCUCUGCAAGACCCAAGUCAGCCAGAACAUCCUAGCAAGAACAAGCCUGACCGAAGUAAGCCUGCGGAUGUAGAGCUUGGCAUGCGCUAUGUCGAGGCACUUUGUAUCGCCAACGUCAAGGAUGUCGCGAAGAUGUGUCGGUGGAAUGACCGAUACAACAUCAAGUUCUUUCGGCUAAGUAGCGAGAUGUUCCCGUUUGCGUCGCAUCCUGAAUACGGCUACAAGCUGGCUCCUUUCGCAUCUGAAGCUCUAGCGGAGGCCGGCAAGGUCAUUGCAGAGCUCGGUCACAGGGUCACGACCCAUCCAGGCCAGUUCACGCAGCUUGGCAGCCCGCGCAAGCCCGUCAUUGACAAUGCUAUCCGUGACUUGGAGUAUCAUGAUGAGCUGCUGACGCUGCUUAAGCUUCCCGAGCAGAUGAACAAGGAUGCAGUCAUGAUCUUGCACAUGGGUGGCAUCUUCGACGGCAAAGCGCAGACUCUGGCACGCUUCCGAGAGAACUAUGUGAAACUGCCACAGUCGAUCAAAAACCGUCUCGUACUUGAGAACGAUGACAUGGGGUGGAGCGUCCAUGAUUUACUUCCAAUAUGCGAAGAGCUUAACAUUCCAAUGGUACUGGACUUCCAUCACCACAACAUUGUGUUCAACAGCGACGAGAUCAGAGAAGGUACGAAAGACGUCAUGGAUCUAUAUCCGCGGAUCGCAGCCACGUGGACACGCAAAGGCAUUAAGCAAAAGAUGCAUUACUCCGAGCCCACACCUCCCGCCAUAACGCCACGCCAAAGGCGGAAGCACAGUCCGCGCGUCGCUACUUUACCGCCGUGUGCACCGGACAUGGACCUCAUGAUCGAAGCCAAGGACAAGGAACAAGCUGUCUUCGAGCUAAUGCGCAUCUUCAAGCUCCCCGGUUUCGAUACCUUUAAUGACGUUCUGCCUUACACCCGUAGCGACGACAACAAGGCCGCGCUGGCUGGGAUGAACAAGAAGAAAAAGAAGGCGGAUGACCUUGAACCGGAGCUAAUAGCUGAUGACGAAGUAGGCAUGGGAGGACCCGAAGGCCGCGUCUACUGGCCUCCGACCAUGGAAGAGUGGCUGCGGCCGAAGAAGCGCGAAGUGAAGAAGAAGGAACCCCUUGAGAAGAAGAGCAAAGAGCAGAUCAAGAAGGAAGCGGAAGAAGCGUACCGUCAGCGCGAGGCGAUCAAGGCUGAAGAGGCUGCGGAUGAUGCUGAGAGCGACGUUGACGCCACGCCUGCAACGAAAAAGGCGAAGGCGGCGAUGCGGAAGAAAGAGCGAGCGGACAAGGCAAAGGCGUUUGCCAAAGCGGAGGCAGACGAGGCGAAGAAAUUGGCCAAAGAGGCUGCCAACGACCAGAAGGCGCAGGUGAAAGGCAAGAAAGCUAAGGUGAAAAAGGAGGAGACUGCCGUGCCGACGCCGAGUGCGAGUGACGAGAGCGUGGUCGAGGAGCCGGAGCUGCAUGAUGAUGACGACGAUGAUAUGCCUCUGACUCCAGCGCUCAAGCGAAACGCAACAGGCGGUCGGAAGACUAGUGGGAGAAAGGCGAAGGCCAAGAACGUGAGCUACGCCGAACACGAGGAGGCUGAGAUGGAGGCGUAAGCCGAACCUGUUGGAUGAAGUACCAGUAUACAACCGCUAUACAUACAUGUGUCAACCUUUCCAUAUACCGUAC